UUCGACGAUAUGCCUGUAUUUUUCCAUUGUUUAUCUUUAAACUUUGAACAGGGACUUUUAUGAGAACUUCAGACAGCGACAGCUACCGCCAGACCAUGGCUCUUGGGGACUCGUAUUCCCAAUUUAACUGAUCUCGAUGGCCAAUUUGGUCAUGUUUCGACCGAGCUCCGUGGCGUCUGCUGGGCAGCUGCCGUCGGCUGCAGUACUCCGCGCGGCGGCCGGCCGGGCGGGCCUGGCGCCAGCUGAUCGGGGCGGUCGGUGGGCCGUCUAAAAUUAUCCGCGGCCAGUGCAGCACCACUUGUCACCGCGCUGCCCGGGCCGCUCCGCCGAGUGGCAGUGGCCGCCGACACGGCUCGUCCGUCCGUCGGGUCGGCGGCGUCUGAGCGUCCGUCGCGGCCGGCGUGACCGACCGGACGCUGUUGUGGCAACGCUGGCGGCGGCGUCAUCGAUCCGGUGCGCGCAGCCGGCGGCUCCCACCUGCUGACCGCACUCUGACCCGGCCGCCGGCCGACCGAGGAGCGCCGGCUCGCUCCGCGCUCAGCACGGACCGUGAGGGACGGGCACGGCUCGGCACGGACCGUGAGGGACGGGCACGGCUCAGUAGCGCCGGUGUGGUCGCAGCUGCUGACGGAGACCGGGCGGAGGAGCCGGUCGGAGAGCUGCCGCGCGACCACCUGUGAGACGCGAGCUCUUUAGCGGGCCGUGGCGGACCGGUGCGCGUGUUGCCAACGUGUCGUGACGUUACGUAUGACGGUGACGUUACUCGGAGUCGUGUGACGUGACGCUGUCCGUCACGAUCGGUCGGCUGUCCUGCCGCGGUGACGGCACGAUCCGGGAAGUUCCUGCGCCGCUACGGUCACCCGGCCCGCGGUCGGACACUUUCGCUGGAGUCGCGGUGUGCGAAAUCCCUAGUAGUGCACAGACUGGCAGCCAGGCAGGAGGGACGUGUCGUCAAUCCAGUUUAUCUGUGAUCGGCCGGCCGGGGGCACCAUGUGGCGUCCCCAGCGCCGCUGGCUGGCCGCCGUCGGCGCCCUGCUGACACUGGUGCUCCUGGUGCAUCAGCUGCUGGGGCCACCCUGCCUCACCAGUGAUGACAGAGUGGUGCAGAUCCUGCCGUCGGCACCAAUCAACCCGAUCCUGCUCGGUGGCUCGCCGGUGGACCGCACACUGCCGCUGAUCUUCAUUGGUGGUAUGCCGCGCUCGGGCACCACGCUGGCGCGCGCCAUGCUCGACGCCCACCCGAUGGUGCGCUGCGGCGAGGAGACGCGCGUCAUCCCGCGUGUACUCAGCAUGUACUCCCACUGGAAAAAGUCGGCCAAGGAGAGUGUGCGACUCGAGGAGGCCGGCCUCAAUGACGAGGUGCUGAACUCCGCCAUAUCGUCAUUUAUCCUGGAGGUGAUUGUGAAGCACGGGGAGCCGGCGCCGCGGCUCUGCAACAAGGACCCGUUCACCAUCAAAUCGGCCACCUACCUGCACCGGCUGUUCCCGCGAGCCAAGUUUGUGUUCAUGGUGCGGGACGGCCGGGCCACGGUGCACUCCAUCAUAUCGAGACACGUAACCAUCACGGGGUUCGACCUGAAGAGCUACCGGCAGUGCAUGCAGCGCUGGAACGCGGCCAUGGAGACGAUGAACCGCCAGUGCCUGGAGCUGGGGCCGCGCUGGUGUCUGCGCGUGCCCUACGAGCAGCUGGUGCUGCACCCGCGGCUCUGGAUGCAGCGCAUGCUCCAGUUUCUGGAGAUUCCCUGGAACGAGACGGUGCUGCACCACGAGCAGGCCAUCAACAAACCGGGCGGCGUGUCGCUCUCCAAAACGGAGCGCUCCUCUGACCAGGUGAUCAAGCCGGUGAACCUGGACGCCCUCUCCAAGUGGGUCGGCCAGAUCCCGUCGGACGUGGUGCGCGACAUGGCCGAGCUGGCGCCCAUGCUGCGCGUGCUGGGCUACGACCCGGAGGCCAACCCGCCCGCCUACGGCCAGCCCGACCCGGAGGUGGACCGCAACACGCGACAGGUGCGCCGGGACAGCGCCGACUGGCAGCGCCGCGCCGAGACGCUGCUCGGCGCCUAGUGACGCGCCGCGCGCCGGGACGGGAGGGGGAGGGUGGUAGGAUAGGCGGCCGCAGAAUGCCUGUUGUCGGGCGCAGGCUGCUGGUGACCAUUCAGGCGGCGGUAAACAGAGGAAUAAUAUCGCUGCGUGGUGCUGUCCGCGCGGCGGGGUGUGGGUGGCGUCCGUGUGGCGAACCUGGGCUUUCAGGGCGCGCCCGAGGGUCCGGGACCUCAGGAUGGGCGGAGCGGGAUCUGGGGCGGGGUCCCACUGCCCUCACUGGGGUCGGCCCACUCUGUCCGCCUCUCUGCUCCGCCCGCGUGUGUAUCUGUGUGCGUCUCUGCGUGUACACUAAGUUAUGGCCAGUACUAUCCCAGGAUCUGAGGUCUAUUGGUGCCGUUUAACGCGUUUUCGUCGUUACGUUGGCAGUUGCAGUGGGCUCACAUGUGUUGAAUCAUGGCAUUGUCUCGCUGGCUGAUCCCCCGGUGCCAUAUUUUAUGUCAGCUGACCGUGCCGUGUGCGGGUCAUAGCACGGUGCACAAUCCGACCACCGGUCACGGGUAUUGUUCUGCUACUGUCCCCCAGUGUCGCUCACGUGAUAUCGCAGGCCCGCCGUCCCGAGCUCAUCCCGCCGCCGCGGGCUGGCAGGGCCGGGGCUGGGCGCGUUUGUUCUUGGUUUUACAGGGGCACCCGUAGCCGUCGGCGGGAAUCGUGUUCAUUUUGAGCAUCUAGUCGAUCUUGCAUAGUCAGCAACAGUCAUCCGUUGUACGGAAUCGAGAGCUAUAGCGCGUCUGUAUUCCAUAGUCGGUGCCGAAUGGAAUAAAGCGCCGAUGCUAUGCGCUGUAUUUGUUGUUUUAGCGCGCGUUACCAGCAGCUAGUGGUUUGCUAACAUGGCACCGGUGUUUGUUUUUUAAUAGUCCACACUACAUCUAUCAACAUAAACCGUGAUAUGUAUCCUUUCUUUCUGUCCUAUUCUGUCGCCCAGACAGGUAUCAGUGAACGGUUUCUUUUCUUAUCGGAAAUAGUGGAAAGAUAGCUAAGCUGUAGCCUUACCUGCCGCCUCGCUCGCCUGCAGCAUGCCUGCGCUGCGCAUUCGUCUGCUGUUUCUUGGUUCCCGACUUGCCCAAGUCGUAUGCCUGCCCUGUAAUGUUCGCGUGGGACAAUAUGUCGUCAUGUGCCUGCUCUGUGGUGCCCGUGUGUGACAUUAUUUCGUGUGCAGCCUGUUAACUGUCGCUCGUGGCUCGCACCCGUAUGCUCGCUGCCGCCCACUCACCGUUGCCAUGACUACCACCACCUGUUGCGUGGUGCCUCCCUGCCUGCCGUAUUGGCAGCUUGUGUGUUCAGCCCCGCUGUAGCUCCGUGCCACCCGCAUGCUCUGUCUUCGGACGGGCGGGUCCGCCGACACUGACCGAUCGCUGUUCGUUCACAGAGUAGCUGACGGCACGGCCCGCAGCCGGCCCGGCGCCGCGGCCCCUCCCGCCUGCAGCCCGCCUGCUCACCCGCCUGCCUGCCAGCGCGCGUUUGCACGUACCUGCCUGCAAAUUGAGGGGAGGCCUGCCGCGUCUGAGUGCUUAAACCACGCCUCUAAUUUAAAUGACAAGCCAAGAGUGGUCUGUUUUAGUGCAUGUUUGACUCGUUUGCCCGUCAUGAGUGCGUCUGACGACGGCCAAAUGUCCGUCCCUGAUCCGGAAUGGCCGGCACGGACGCAUUGUUGGGUCCCGUGGCCAACCCCCGGGGAGGGGGGCGGAAGGGGGGUGCAUGUGUGACGCCGCCGCGGCCGGGAUCGAGAUAAGCCAUUGAUGAGCUGUGCACAACUGGUAUGCCAGCUUCUCGCCAAGUACCGUGACUGUGUUUUGCAGCUGAAAGCAUGACGGAAUGCAAGCUGAGGCGCUCCAACCUGCUCAGGCUAGUCUACGCUGCACUUUGUUUUCGUUAUUGGUGCUAUGUUUGGUUGUUACGCUUUUAUUGCCUGAAGUAUUAGAACUAGAGCUUAUUUAUUUGUUAUAGUUGACUGAUUGCGCCUUCUGAUUCUGCCACUGUGGCAGCAGCUGUCCAGGUUGCGUUUAAAUACUCACAAUUUGUUCACCGUAACCCGUGAAUGUAUUUUCAUUGGCCAGGACACGGUUUGGUGUCAGCAAAUGCACUUUACUCGCGA